AUGGCAUCUAGCAACCAUGCUUCGAAUCGAGCAGGCGAUUUGAUCAACGAUACGGAUCAAGUAGACAGCAGCAUUCGUGGAGGGAUAGUUGAUGCCAAAGCCGCAGUAACUGUGCAGAAGGUGCAGUCCACCCGUGAUGACUAUGAACGGCUGUUUGGGGUAGAUGAAGACCUACACGAGCAGCCGACAACAACUCGCCAAGAACUAUGGUCUUACUAUCUCUAUUACAACGGUGACAAUGGGGUCGGCCCUGGUUCUUACGCUCAAGCACUCUUUCAAUGGGCUUUGAAUGGGGCUGGCUGGCAACCAGGAACUGAACCUCGUCAGCCAUGCACGGAUUCCUCUCCAUGUGUGGUCCCCUGGGCUGGAGGCACAAAGUCCGUCGCCUCUGUGGUCUUAAUCGCCAACGGACUAUGUUUUGCCUUCAUGACUUUAAUCUUUAUCUGGCUUGGUAGCGCUGCCGACUACGGAUCUUUUGGCCGUUGGCUUCUGCUGGCAUUGACUGUGAUAUGCUGGGCCCUUCAGUAUGGCAUGAUGGCCAUCCGAGAUCCCGGUCAAUGGCCUACCGCCAUGGGGCUGUACGUGGUCGCGUAUAUCGCCUAUGGUGCGACUCUCGUGUUCUAUGCUGCCGUCUUCCCCAGGCUUGCUCGAUACAUGCCGCAUGUUCGCAAGGCCCGCGAAGAGGAUCUGAAGGAUGGCAAGAUCAGUCAGGAAGAAUAUGAUGCUGUGGAGUCCUUGGAGAAGAACCACAUCAGCAAUGUCUCGACCGCACACAGCAAUAUCGGAUUCUUACUUACGUCCGUACUGAAUCUGAGUGUCUUGCUUCCACUUCAAAAUAACGACUACUCCAACAAUCUCGCACUCUGCUUGACGAAUUCAUACUGGGUCGUGCUAGGAGUGUGGUGGUUCAUUUUCCAGCAGAAGCGACCAGGGCCCAAGGUUCCAAAGGGUUCAAGCUACGCGACAAUCGGCUUCAAGCAGAUCUGGCUCGCUCUAAAAGAAGUCCGAUCAUUACCGCAGACCUUCCUUUAUUUCGUUGCUUAUUUUCUGCUCGCCGACGGACUCAACACAACCGGAACCUUAGUCUCAAUCAUCCAGAAUGACUACGUAUCAUUCUCAUUCCUGCAGCUGACAUAUCUCGGCAUCGCACAAGCUGCCUGCUCCAUCGCCUCGACGUUCGGAUUCUGGUACAUCCAGAAAUACUUCAAGUUCAGCACCAAGAACAUGUUUCUCGUCACCAUUGUGUUCAGCGUCAUCAUCCCCUUCUGGGGUAUGCUGGGACUUUGGACACAACGAAUCGGAUACCACAAUCAGUGGGAAUUCUACUUCUACAACGUCAUCUUCGGCCUGUUCCAGGCCCCUUACUACGCCUACGCGCAAACAAUGAUAAGCGAGCUCAUGCCGCAAGGAUACGACAAUAUGUUCUUCGCGCUGUUCGGAAUCACCAAUCGAGCUUCCUCCAUCAUCGGACCCAAUGUCAUCCAAGCGAUCAUCAACGACACGCAGAAUAACUGGAUGGGCUUCCCGUUCCUGUUUGCCAUCUGUACCGCCGCGAUGAUUGCGAUUGUCUUUGUAGAUGUGGAGAAGGGGCGUGCGGAUGCGAGGAAAUUUGUGCAGGCGAGGAAGGGGCCGCGGGUGGCUGCUGGUGGCGGUGGCAUAUCCGAGGACUCUGGUAGGGAGAGCGCAGCUAGUGCUAUUACGCGUGCAGAGGGGAGUGGAUCAUCGCGAGACGAGUGA